AUGAAGAAGGAGAGACAAGGGAUGAUGAUAACAACGCAACACAAUAUUAUGAUGAGGAUUGGUCAAUAUCUUGAACGUGAAAAUGAAUCUUCAGAUAGUGAACCACUCAUCAACAACGAACUCAUGAAUAUAACAGAGGAGGUGGAAUUAAACAUUUCAGCAGGUACAGCUAUGAAAAAAAGAGGGACAGUAUAUUGCAGGAAGCUUACGCUAUUACCUCCGGGUGGAAAACUAAAUGUGGAGUUUGAUGAGGAUGGUGUUGCUAUUGGUGAUAAUGCCUCAUUAUUUUCUUUCUUCUUGGGUCAACAAGUUCAUAAUAAAUCUGUUUGUCCAAUACAAGUCAAGGGUUGGAAUAAGUAUACCUCUGAAAUAUUAUACCAUUUGUGGGCUUGCAUCCAGGAGAAGUGGUCAUUUGAUGAUCCUGAACAAAAGAGGGAGUGUGUCAUGAAACAUGCACAACGAUUGUUUAGAUAUGCAAGGAGCAAAUUGAAGAGAAAGUACUUUAGUAAGCUGACAACAAAAGAAGAACGUCUCAAAAAUAAGCCAAGUCAUCUAAAGUUGAAUGGAAGUUCUUGCUCGACUAUUGGAGUAAUGAUACAGUUAUGGAGAAGAGUAAAAAAGCAAGUGAAAGUAGGGCUCAUCAAAAAAUGCCUCACUACAAUGGUACUAAAAGCUUCAGUCGCACUAGACAAGAAAUUAGGAAGAAGAAUGGUGGGAAGUGUUCUCGAGUUGAUCUACUACUUGCAUCUCGUACGAGAAAGUCUGAGAAGGCUGUGAAUGCAGUAACUUUAGAAAAUAACACCCGUGCAGUAGAUGAGAUAAACAAUAAAGGAGCAAAGGAAUCAAGGUCUCAAUGAGAAAACGGAUGAGCAAAUCAUUCAAGAUGUGCUUGGUAAAGAUACACACGGGUAUGAUUAGAUCUUUCUGAAGAGGUGAAUGAAGUUAAAAAGAAAGCAAAUCAAGCAAUUGAAGAAGCAAAAAAAGAUGAUGAAAAUGCUAGAAUAGAAGCUGAACAAGCUAAAAUAGAAGCUGAAAAAGCCAAAAAAGAAGCGGAAGUUGUUAGGAAUGAUGUAGACAAAAAAAUUGCAGAGAACAAUGAAGUUUGGGAGAAAAAAUUUAGUCAACUUUUAGAUUUUUUUGAAGCAAGAGGUUCUUUGAAUAAUGAUGAUUUAGGAAGUGAAGGUGCAUCAAAAGUGAAGUAAGUA